AUGACAGCUGAAUAUCAAGCACAACAAAAACAGAGGAUAUGGAUGCUCGUUCCCAAACCUGUGAACAAAAGAGUGCUUGGAUGCAAAUGGACCUACAAGACGAAACUUCUGCCCUCAGGACAGGUCGAUCACUACAACGCUAGACUUGUGGCUCUCGGCUAUGAACAAAUUCUGGGUGAGAAUCAUAUGGAGACAUUUAGUCCCGUCGCCAAAAUGACAACCAUAUGUAUGCUCCUCUCACUGGCAGUAAACAAGAACUGGCUUGUUCUUCAACACGAUGUCUCGAACGUGUUUCUUCACGGCGACCUACCUGAUGACAUCUUCAUGACUCAACCUCUCAGAUUUUAG